AUGGACCUACGGAAGGAAGGUAAGUGUUGUCCUUUGAAACAAAAUUUUUAUUGUUUCAAUGCCACUUUCAAUGUAUUGUUUUAGUUGAACAGAGUUUUCGAGAUGUUACUGCUACUGCAAACAACAUGAUGGAAGAGCUCUACCAUUGUGUGGACACCAUCAAUGAAGUAAGAGACAAUACCGAAGAGCUGGUUUACAACAAUUUGAAAAAGCUACUGGACAGUUAUGUAAGAAUAACUUACUUUUGUUCGUAUAUUACUCGUUUUAAUAGUUUUCUUUUGCGUACUGUCUUGGGGACUCUGUACGAGUAGCAAAUAUUAAUUUUGAUGUUAAAUCUUGUUGUAGGUUCAAAAGGCAUUAGAAGUUCCGUUUGUUUUGGAGACGAACAAACAAGAACUGGCAGCCAAAAGAGCGAAUCUGUUGGAAAAUGAAGCUCGUCUGGAGGAAGUAUCAGAACAAGCACAAAAGGUAAGUAUUUUGCUACAGAUUUUUUAAAUUUAGAGUGUCGAAUACUGCAAUAUUAUCAGAACUUGAGCCGCUGUAAUAAUAACCCUCCAAAUUUUAGGUUGAUAAGGAGCUAGAAGAGAAACAUCAAACCUUGCUGCGUACCAAACAAGCGCUGUUUAACCAAUAA